AUGGCGAUCAAGAGUGAACGUACAGCUAUUUCUAAAUUAAUUUUUGUGAUUAUUUUGACUUUCUCUACUGUUUUAAAGGUGAAUUGUACAAAACCAGAGAUCCUAUCUAUAGUUCAAGACAAUCAAAAGCUUGUUAAUCAGGAAUUUGUGAAGAUUGUGAAUCCUCCAAAUGAACUCGACAGUACCACACUGUUAACACUGGAGUACAGUUGUUUACAGCACAGCAUUGUGGGAACGGAAGUGCAAAUACUCUAUGCAGAUAAUAAAACGACACGAACAUAUACUAAAUUUUGGAAAUGUACGCAACCAACUCCACUCAGAAAACGAAGGAUUAGAAUUCGGUUGCCAAAUUCAGUAUCUUUUAAACCAAGCCGUUUAAAUCGAGCCGUGGUUUUGGUCAACUCCGCGAAGCUUCGCGCUUGGAUUAUAACAAAAGAACAAUUGCAGCAAGCAAAACAAAAUGGCGAUGUUUUCUCUGCUGCUAAAACAAAGGUAUUCUAUGAUGUCAAAAUCCCAGACGUGUUCUCGCGAAAGCAUAUCCGACCAUGGAGGGCAUGUAAAAUAUGGUAUUGGAAUAUUCUAUGUAAAAUGCCAGUCACUUGGUCUCAAAGUUGUCCUGUCGAACGAGAGACUAUCAGAGCAGUGACCUACCCUGCGGCUAUGAACGGUCUCGGGUAUGGUAUUUACAGAUCGUUCAAACCGUACAGAAACCCAGACUUGGAAGCGGAGAGGCGAAACUCUAUUACUAAACCUACAUUUACAGUAUCGAUGUGGCUGUAUAUCAACAAGUAUUGUCCUUAUGGUAAAUAUUCUCAAAAGAGAAAAUUCUGUUCUUUGAUGACAGCUGGUAAUUGGGACACUUCUCUCACUCCAGCUUUAAUUGUUCUCGAUGAUGGAACGUUCCAGUUGGAGGUAUUCCUCGCUGACAAAAAGAACUAUGCCAUGAAACCACCAUUUAAACUACCACAACACCAAUGGUUCCGAUUGACUCUUAAUUUCCAACAUAGAUCUUGGUUGAUAACAUUAAACUAUGGUAAAAACUGGAAUCAAACUUCAGUAACCCAAUAUACAUACGGACAAGAUGUAAUAAUGGAUGAUACAGAUGGAUAUGUAGCAUUUGGUGGUGAUAACAAAAGGUUUACUACGUUUGUAGGAUAUAUAGGAGAAACUGUUUAUUAUCGUGGUCAAUGGAUUCAACCAGAGAAAAUCCCGUAUCCAAGCCUGAAACAUCCAAUGUUUCAACUCGAUCUGACACCACGAGAAGAAAGAUGCUCUAACUUCAUCACCUGGAUUGAAAGCAGAGUCAAACAUUACAGUAAAUUGAAGAACACGGUCAGAAAAGAUGUGUGCUACAGUUCAUUCUAUGAAAUCAGAAGAUCAGUGACCAAGAACUUACAAAACAAAACAUGUCCAAUUAGCAGAGAUCAUCGUAGUCGAUACUAUAGAAUCAUCAAUAGUUAUAUUAGAAGAAUUGUCUUUGGCGGCCAAACAUUAUCACCCAAAAAUAUGCCAGACGUGGCCACCCAUCUUUAUAAUAACGCUACCGCAAUCAUAGACGAGAAGUUAAGUAGAAUACCACGAGCUGUACCUCUGUUGAAACAAUCGUCUUGCCUCGGCAAUACAGACGCCAUGUUUAUGUUGGCCGUUAUUCUAAAUAAUGGUAUCUAUUUUAAAUCCGAUCAAAUACAGAGUCAGGCGUAUCUGAUGAUGGCGUCCAUGGAAGGCCACAGAUUAGCGACAAUGGCUCUGGGUAAUAAACAUAUGAUUGGUAUUGAUGGUGUACCGUAUGAUAGAGAACACUCUUAUUUAUAUUAUAACUAUGUAGCAGAUAAAACAAGACAAGAUAUAGAUGCUCAUAAAAACCAUAAUGUAUUGACUGAAUCAGUGAGAUUAACGGAUGAAGCCAAGCUCCAGCAGCAAACUGACGAAGAGGGAGACAUCUUCUUAUGGUUGAAACAUCAAGCUCAGGCUGGUGUCCUCUCCGCUCAGAGGAAUAUCGGCAAGACAUUAUUUUGGGGUCAGAAUGGUGUCAAGAGGAAUAUUGAUGCUGCUAUGAAUUAUUUUAAAGCUGGUGCUGAACAACAAGAUCCUGAAGCUAUGUAUGAUUAUGGUAUCCUGCUAUAUAAGGGAACUGGAUCUAAGAAGAACGAAACAGAAGGAAAAAAAAUUGUGGAGAAGGCCGCAGCUCAGAUGAAUCCAAAUGCUAUAACAGCACUGGGGUGGAUUGCCUUAGAAAGAGAAAGAAACUAUACAAAAGCUUAUAAUCUGUUAAUACAGGCCUAUCAGAAACGAAUACCGGAUGCUGGGUAUUAUCUGGGAUAUAUGGCAAUGAAUGGAAAGAUACCGAAUGAACCCGCUGAUUUGUUAAAAGCUAAGCAGUAUAUGUCAUUCGCUGCCUCCAAGGGUCAUGUGGAUGCUGGUGUAUGGUUCGCCUAUAUGUGUAUGAAAGGAUCAAAAGUCUUGAGCAGAGAUGUCACCGGUGCCUCUGACGAGAGGACCUUACAUGAAAUUCAUUUAGUUUUAACCUUAUCCGGAAACUUUAAGAUCAGUUAUAACUCUCACAACUAUUGGGAUCAAGGAGCACUGUGUGGAAGAUGGGCGAGGCAUCUCUCGGAACAAAAUCCAGCUCUGGGAAAUAUCCUUCAUAAAGCUCUGCAUGCCUGGAGACGACUAGAUAUACCACAAGCAUUGUUUUAUUACUUGAUGACAGCGGAAACCGGAUCUGAAAUUGGUGCUUUUAACACUGCUUAUCUGUGCGAAGAAAAUAAGGAAGGAAUCACUCACUAUAUAGAGAAAGAAUGCCAGUGGCGACAUUAUAACAUCAGUAUACAGAGAGAAUUACACAUUAUCAAUUCUUAUGGUAAGAUGAAUGAAUGA